ACACUUUUCAUUGCGGCAUUGAGUUGACAACUUUUCUUUUCGCUUUACGCCAUUUUACUGAAGUAAAAUUAUGUUAUUUUAGUUUAGUCUUCGAAAAGAACUUUUAAUCUACAAUGGACUUAAAACAGCUUUUGAUCGUCGUUGCUUUCGCUACACUGGUUCGUAGCAUUGAAACUGACGACAUUGAACAUAAGAAAAGAGGCGCUGGGAAGACGACCGGAGUGAACACCAUACCCACUGGAAUACAGAAGCCGGAUUAUACUUAUACUAUUUAUAAUCAAAACCCUAAUACGCAAAGCAGUUCAUCGAGUCAAAGUUACCAUUCUCAAGUACCUAACUCUUUCUAUCCAAACCAAGCCAAUAGCCAGUAUUAUUCUUCCGUUACCUCCAACGAAGGGACUCAUUCACAUCAAGCAAAUGCACCACAACAAGGUUCAGCACAAUUUGUCCCUUUGAACUUCAUUCCAAAUCCAGGUUACCAAGCUAAAUAUCAAAUUGUACCUACCAAGUCAGCUAACGGUAUUCAAUUAGCCCUUGUCCAAUCGUCUUCAGGUUAUUCUCCACAAAAUUUACAUGUAUCCCAACCAGCACACAACAAUCAAUUAGUUAGUUCAGUUUUCCCGAACGUUCAUUUAAACUUCCCCAAUUAUCAGCCAUUGUCGUUAGGAUCGCCUUAUCUAUCUCAAACGCCUACAAUUCUUCUUCCGCAAUUAAACCAUCCGUUUUAUAAUAACUUCCUUUAUUCUAGUCCAGGUCAUAAUAUUUAUUAUCCAACGAAUGCCCAACCUAAAUACAGUUAUACUCAAAAUUCCCCGACAAGCAAUUCAAAUGACUAUGAAAAGUUACAAGGAUCUAUUUCACAAAGUAACUCCAAAGAAAGUAACGAUAUAACCGCACAAAACAGCGAAGCGAUACAUGGUGAUUCUAUAUCCGGUUAUAAAAAUGCGUACACAUCAGGUCGUAGUCAAACGUAUACCAAAUUGACAUAAAUAAUAAUAAAUCUUUAAGCUCUGAAAGCUUCCAUAAUUAAAUGAUAAUUGUUUAAUAUUAGCUAUUGUUAUUAUUUAUAGUUAUACUAAUUGUAACCGAGACUAAAUC